CUGCCUCUCUUUUCUUUACCACAUUAUGCUGCACCGGUGAAGGAGGAACCGUGCAGACACAGGGAGAGCGCGAAAGACGUUAAAGUUUACGGAAUAAUUAUAUAUUUUUGUACGGGAAAUACUACGAAAACCUGUCCUUAUUGCGUGUAACUUGCUCCCUUGGUUUUUCAUUCUGCGCUGUUGCAUGCGGUUCAAUUUGGGGCUUGCAUAGAUCGUUUUGCCUUUUGAUAAAACUGAACUUCUGCCUCUUUCAUGUAGAGGUUUCGUUUCUGUGUUCAGUUGUUGUAAAAGCGGAAUGAAUGACAAAGACAAAGGCUGAUGUUCAUUCGCCAACUCACUCUGUCUCGCAAAAGGAACGGAGACUCCGGCUCAAAAUGGACAGCGGGACCGAGAGCGCCGGCAGCGGGCUGGCUCAGCCGACACAGCAGCACCAGUUUGAGGAGCAGCCCGCGGUGCCGCCCGUUCAACGGAACGAGAAGAAGAAAAUCAACCGGGCUCCGUCUCCUGCCAGACCUAAGGACGUUCCCGAUUGGUCUCUGACCAAGAUUCGUGGAGGAAUAGGAACCCCGACUCUUAGCGUCAAACCUGGCUCAAUACAUCUUGGGAGCAGGGUCUCGAGGCGCAGUCCCGGCGGUGGGAAAGAAACCAAAUCAGAAAAAGCUAAAAUGACAGGAAAAUCCACAUUAUCGGUUGCCAGUGCGCAAAAAAGCACCAAAAAUGGUCGGAGGAAGGUAUCUGACGCCAGCAUAGCCUCGGACGACCUGAGUAAAGAUUCUGGGUGCGCUCCAGGGAAACUGUCUCCAACGGACAGCAGCUCGGAGCUUUCCGAUUGUGCCUCGGAAGAAAACAAGCUAUCCACCGACGCCCUCAGCAGUGAUACUGAAUCCAGCAGCCGUGGCGGGGGGCCUGAGGUCAACACACGGACCCAAGACGAAGUGCUGUCAGAGAGAAGCCGUGGACACCAACAUGCCAAGACCUCGGUGGAGAAGGACCGACUCUCGCUGGGAGUAGAAACGGGGGAGGGAAGCAUCUCUCCCGGAGACGAACGCUCUCUCACCUCCUUCGACAGCCGAGUGCCCGCCAGCACUUCGCUGGCCUUCUCUGACCUCACUGAGGAGUACAUGGAUGGCAUGCACGAGGAGUUCGUCAGGGAAAUCGAGGAACUGAGAUCAGAGAAUGAUUACCUCAAAGAUGAGAUGGAGGAGCUGCGUUCGGAGAUGCUGGAGAUGAGGGACAUGUACCUGGAGGAGGACGUGUACCAGCUGCAGGAGCUGAGGCAGCAGCUGGACAUGGCCAACAAGACCUGCCGCAUCCUGCAGUACCGCCUGCGCAAGGCCGAGCGGAGGAGCGUGCGGGUGGCCCAGACCGGCCAGGUGGACGGGGAGCUCAUACGCACCCUGGAGCAAGACGUCAAGGUGGCCAAAGACGUGUCCAUCCGCCUGCACAACGAGCUGGACAGCGUGGAGGAGCGGCGUGGGCGCGUGGAGGAGGAGAACGAGGAGCUGAGGGUCCGGCUGCAGGACCUGGAGGUGGCCAAGCAGGUGCUGCAGGCCGAGAUGGAGAAGAGCAGAGAGAACUCUCAGAAGAAGAGAGGAGCCCGGCCCAACAACAAAGCUGACAAGAAACAGUCUCCCCAGGAGGACAGUUCAGACCUGAAGUGCCAGCUCCACUUUGCCAAGGAGGAGUCAGCCCUGAUGUGUAAGAAGCUGGCCAAGAUGGCGAAGGACAGUGAGGCCAUGAGGGACCAGCUGGCCAAGUACCGCUCGCUCUACGGGGAGGUGGACGCCUCGCUCACCGUUGAGGAGGUGGCUGAAUCACCCCACACCAGAGAGGCAGAGGUCAGAGUUCACUUGAAACUGGUGGAGGAGGAGGCCAAUCUGCUCAGCCGACGAAUCGUGGAACUGGAGGUGGAGAACCGCGGCCUGCGUGCUGAGAUGGACGACAUGAAGGGCCAGGACCUGUCAGCCGCUGGUGGCAUCGGGGCGGGGCUUAGCCCGGGAGGGGGAGGAGCCGGCCUGGUCCUGGGCGGGGCCUCUGCCGAGAACGUGAUGGAGCUGCAGCGCCACCUGCAAUUCGUGGAGGAGGAGGCGGAACUACUGCGACGGUCCCUCCUGGAGAUGGAGGAGCAAAACAAGCUACUGAUGAACGACAUCAACCGCUACAAGUCCGAGCUGCCGCCGCCCCUCCCGCCACACACCACGCUCAUGCUGGCCGACGGCCCAUCCCGCCCCUCGGCCCCCUGCGGCCUGCAGGAGGAAGGCAUGCCUCUCAUCAGCGCCGAGGCCCCUCCCCCCCAGGAGGAGGAGCUACUGGUUGCCAGGAUGCAGAUCGGGGAGCUGAGCAACAAGGUGAAGAAGCUGCAGUACGAGAACCGUGUGCUGCUGUCCAACCUGCAGCGCUGCGACCUGGCAUCCUACCAGGGCCCCUCCCACCCCGCACGCCCUGCCCUCAUCACCAUGGAGACAGACGCCGAGGCCGGCGAUUCGGCCGAGUGCCUCCCCAGCCAGGCGUCUCUGCGGGAGGGCCCCGUCGGGGGCGAGAACCGUCCCCUGGAGGAGUUGGAAAGGAAGAGGAGGAUGACGCUGGCAGAGGGCGAAGCUCUGGGCCUAAAGGACCACGAGACUUUGCUGGCCAUGAGAGACCAGGCCCGCCUCAUCACCACGGCGAUCCAGCUACUGACCGCCCCUGACACCAACUGCCUCUCCCCUCAGUCCCUCUACCAGAAGAUCUCCACGGGAGACGCCGCCGAGGCAGAUGCCCCGGAGAAGCCCCAGGUCCUGUCUCUGUCCCAGGCCCCGGAGCUGGCCGAGCGUCCCCUGGUCGGGGCCCUGACCAGCCGCCUCCAGGCCCUGCAGACCCAGCUCCAGGUCUUCGUGGAGCGGGUGGAGACUCUUAGCAUCUCCCCAGCGAGGGACAAGGUGGAGGGGGCCUCCCCCCCACCUGCCCUGCCCGAGUCUGGGGACUGGGUGUCGGCCGUGGCACCUGUCUCUGCCCCCUGUCCCUCUGACCUGCUGACUGGGGAUGCUACCGCCCAGCAUAAGCAGCCUGACUGUAGGGACCAAUCAGAAUUCGAGGUGAGAGGUCAGCAGGAAGAGGCGGACAGCAACAGGAAACAGGAGACGAGCCAAGACCACAAAGGGGAGGAGAAAGACGCUGCACUGGCCUGUCAGGUCAGUGAGCUGCAGGCUCUGCUGCUGGAGGCCAGGGAGACCGCCAAGAGAGCCCAGCAGGAGCUGGCCCUGGAGAGACAAUCUCACAGAGACAACAGCUCCCUGGCACUCACACAGCUUCAAGAGGAGCACCAGAAGGCGCUGGUGCGCCGGGACUUCCAGCUGCAGAGCGCCAGCCUGCAGACACGCCUGCAGCACAAGCUGUGGAGCCAGGAGCGGAGCCUGCUGCUGCAGGAGUCCCUGCAGCUCAAGCACAGCCUGCUGCUGCUCAGCCGCAAGCUGCGCUGCUUCCUCAAGCAGUGGCGCCUGGGCCGCCGCCCCCAGGGAGAGGCCAGGGAUGUCCUGGAGGUGAACAGUCUGAAGGAUCUGUACCUGCUAUUGGAGGAGGAGAACCUAACUAGCCCCUCCCACCAGGCGGAUAACAAGAUGGCCGCCUCGGAGGAGCAUCCCCUUAGCCCCACCAUCAAGGAACUCUGUCUGCUGGACAAGAGUUACAGUCAGUCCAGCGAAGUGAGUGGUACCCUGUCAGACCUGACGGUGGCGCUGCAGGACCUGAGCGCGGAGCUGCGCGAGGAGCACCAGGGCUCUCAGGAGCUCACCCAGCAGUUCGCCCGGGCCAAGGCUUCCUGGGAGGUGGAGAGGACCGAGCUCAAGAGCCUCCUCACCCAGUUGGAAGGUAAGACGGGGAAGGCAGCAGCGCUGGCGUGUGGCGACCUGGACCCUCCAGACCUGAAGGUGGCGCUGAAGAGGGAGCGGGAGGAGCACCAGCACCUGCUGGCCGACUCCUACGCCGCCGUCAUGGACCUGACCAAGCAGCUGCAGAUCGGAGAGCGCAACUGGAGCCGGGAGAAGCUGGAGCUCCUGGAGCGCCUGAGCCAGGAGAGAGGGGCCUGGGAGCAGAGGCUGGGAGAGGCCCAGCAGCAGGGGAAGACUGCUCCGUCUCUUCAUGACAAACCGUCAGACGGAGAAACAUCAGGGACUAGCGAAACGAACUCGCCAAGGACAAAGUCCAUUCCUUCCCUGUCAGAGCUGGGUGGUGUGUUGGAGGCUUGUCAUGAGGUCAACGGCUCCACCAAUAAGGAGGAGGAAGAAGGGCAGAUCAGGACCUCGCCCCUUCUCCUGGCCCGCACAGACCUGGGUGACCUCACCAGGAAGAACUGGGCCUAUCUGACCCAGGGGAUGGAGCCGUGCGACUCCUCCAAGACGUGGGACGGCCCCAGCAGCAGCCAGGGGGCGGAGCCAGGCCUGGAGAGCGUCCAGAGGAGCCACACGGCGCCCGACAGGACGGGCAUCCGCAUCUACUACAGCCCCCCCGCCGUCCGACGCAUGGAGACCAGCCGCAGACAGGCCAGGGAGGUCCAGCAGCAAGCCCAGCAGGGUCACCCGUCCCUGGGCUCGACGUCCUCAGACGCCGGGGGGGUCCUGGAGGCCUCCUCUUCCUCGUACCAGCAGUGGCUGAGCUCGCUGUCCAAUCAGCACCGGGCACUCCUGGAGAGCAGGGCGGGGCUGGAGAUCUCGGCCAAUCUGAGCGACGACAUGAAGGAGAUGACCAACGUGGUUCGCCAGGCCAUCCGCUCCAGCUCGCUGGAGAGGAAGGGCAGCAAGGACGCAGGAAGUCAGACCCCCGGGGGCGUGGCCACUCACUCCACCCAGACCACGCAGUUUGUCAGCGUGGGCCUGCAGACCGACGCCCCUUCCAGAGGGAUGGGGCUCCACUCCAAGGUGUGGUCACCCCGCCCCUCCUCCUCACUGGCCGCCGCCCGCUCCAGACACAUCUCCACUUCCCUGGACAAGGUCCACGGGCGCAUCGAGCGACCCUGCUGCUCCCCCAAGUACGGCUCCCCCAAGCUGCAGCGCCGAGUCUCCGCCGGCUCCGCUUCCCGCCUGGACGGCUCCUCCACCUCGGUGGGCUCGCGGGACCGCAGCCUGUGGAGCCUGCGGGGGGCCGGUGGGGGUGGAGGGGGGGGCUCGGCCUGGGCGCGCUCCACCACCACCAGGGACAGCCCUGUCCUCAGCGGCCUCAACGACGGACUGUCGUCCCUGUUCAGCGUGGUGGAGCACGCCGGCAGCGUGGAGGCCCUCUGGAGGGCCGACGGAGGAGCGGGAACCGGCCAGAGCCAGAGCCAGGGGGCCAGCCCGGCCAAGCAGCCCGCUGCGGGCAAGCCCUCCGGGGCCGUGCCGGGGUCUGAGGCCGGGGCCCAGAAGUACGGGCUGGUCCAGGAGUUUUUCCGGAACGUGUGCGGGAGCCGGUCCCAGGUGCCUUUAGUCGGGGUUUCCCUGGGCGUGGUUGACGAGCCGAAGCCAGAGUGUGUGUCGGGGGCGGGCCUUGGGGGGCUAGGAGGGAGUGACAGCGUGACCAGGAUCGUAAACAAGAGGUUCAUGAGACACAUCCCCCGAGAGGAGCUGGUGGCUACCGUUACCACGGCAACAGCCAAGGACCUGGGAAACCCUGGUAGAGAGCUGCCUGUCAUCUCCAGCACGGAGGACGCGGGCUGUGAUUGCUCCUCCCAGUCUCUCUCUUCCUGCAUCACCCGCCCCUCCCGCUCGGCCACACGCCAUUCGCUGGGCCACUGUAAGCACCGCCCCCAAGAGUCUCCCAUGGCAGCCGAAGAGAAAGGGGACACCAUCCCAGAGUGACAGAAGUGUGACACACACACACUCACAAACACACACACUGAUACCCUGUAAAGAUCCUGUUACUGCCACGCAAACCAAUAUAAACACGCACACUGCCCCCCACACCUACACACUGCCACAGACAGCACAGCAUCACACACACACUCACACACUCCUGCACGCUGUUCGUGCUUACCAUUCAUGUACAUAUACCUACCAUGUACACAAUCCUUCACACACUGCCACACAGAUUCACUGCCACACACACGCACCAUCGCCGAUGCACAACCCCCCCAAAAAAUAAUUUGGAUGUAUCUACGUGGAUGGAUGGACAUUUUGGAGAAGUUGAAAACUGGCUCUCCAAUUGGAACUCGGAGAAACCCACCCAAGGACACGGGGUGUGGGGGAUGAGGUGGACAAUCCUCUCAGACCACUGUGAGGGCUACCGGUCUGAAAUACAAGCCCCAGGAUCAGACUGCCUCACAGAGACAUCGUGAUGUCACAACAACACUACUGUGGUCUACGUAAAGACAAACACACAAAGACACCAGACUGGAAUUCUGGCCUGGUCUAGUCAAGUCUUAUAUUAUAUUCUAUUCUAGUCUAGUCUGGCCUAGUCUGGCCUCGUUUCCUGGGUGGAUCAGGCUCUCUGACUAGACCAGACAGCCUUUUGUGUCAACCAUCAUCACACACCCACCUCUGUCAAGCAUGGUGAGUCUAGGUCAACAAACCUGUGUCCUCCAACAAGACUAGAACAUGGACAGGAUACGACAUCAUUUACAGUGUGUUUCCAAGCUCGCCAUGUUGAACAGGAUGUGUACUGUCGGUACUGAAUUGACUUUGUCUACUGCAGCCAUGUUUGUUUAGCUUCUUAACAGUAGGCUGUAAGAGAUGGAUGUCCCAAAUGCCGGUAUUGUUCUGUACUGUACUGUAUUGUACUGUAGUCUUAAGGCUACACUCACACACACACACACACACAGCACCAGAAAUACAGCAACCAAGACGAAUCCCUGCCAGCUAAGUUAAAGUGUGUUCCAAGUUCGUCCCCAUUGGAGAUGGAUAAUGCAUUCCUCUUUUGUAAUUACACAACAACUACUCCUACUGACUCAUGUGAGAGAGUUUGUACUGUAGCUAUGUACGAGUGAGUCGACUUCCAGAAGAGUUCUAGAAUGCAUCUCUAACGCCCCCCACCCCUCUUUCCUCAGACCACCAGCUCACACGGAACCUCUUGUCACCAUGACAACAACCGCCACUGCAGGGGGGGGGGGCAAGAUCGUUUUUGCUGUUCUGUUUGUGACAUAAGAGAGGCCAGACCGUCGGAAAUUAAAUUAUAAACACAUUUACUUUCUAUUUGUUUUAUAUAUGUACAUAAAUAUAUCUCAACGUUUUGGAUUUGAGCUGAUGCUGGACCACCACCGUGUCAGGCUGAGUGCUGUUAGCAGCACAGAUUGUUGUUUAUAGAUACUGUAAGGAGCUCCAGCCAUGCUGCUCUAGGAGGCGUAAUAUUACGCAAAAUACUUGUGCAAAUACACAAAUACUUGUGUAUUUGCACAAGUGACAGCAGUCACACAAAUACAGACACACCACACCGUUUUUUAGAAGCUGGGUUUGCAAGUUUUGGCUAGCCAGCAGGCUGUGUGUGUGUGUGCUGUACCUGAUGACUCAUGUGUUUAACAAGGGCAUCGGGCAGCUAUGUGUGUUUAGAAGGGGAGGCUACAAGUGGAAGCCUGUGUUUCCUCCAGCUCCACUGACCUACAUAGAGCCCUGACACUCGGACAGACCUGCUGGUGUAGCAGGUCCAGCAGCAUCAGAGUGUUAGCCGGUCAGACCCUUUCCACUGCAACAUUUUUGAUUACUGUAGAAACAAAGAAUAAUUGGCGCUCUAAAACCUUUUUAUUAGCGUUUAUCAAGAAGAACGUGGAACAGCCUCCCAUUAACGUACUCAUCUUGCUUUGUUUACACCUCCCAGUCCUGACUAAUGGUAUAUACUUACAUACCUAAAUACUAACUUCCCCUCUGCCUUGACUGUUCUCUGCCGCAGCACUUCUUCUGCUACCUCCUCUGUCCUGUGACCUGGAAGAGAUAACACCAGGUCAUCAUGCCACACUGUCCGUUGUCAUGAAGAAGGUCAACAGUGCCUUUCUACUCUAUACGAUGUCGCUUGGAGACAGAGUCUCCAACUUGAUAACAGCGCUGAUGCCACAGAGAUAAAAGCAGCAUUUUCUGUUUUUCAAUCUUUGGUAUCAUUUAGGAGACAUUUCAAAGCUAGGGUCGCGACCGUAAAUAGGUUUACAGUAUACAUGACUAAAAUCCACAAUCUCAGUGCAUUCAACUGUUGCAGGAGGUUGAGGUUUACUCAAAGACUGGAAAACACCAUUCUUUUACAAAAUAUACAGUGUAGUUAUCCCCCAGGCUUGACGUACUAGGAUUCCUAGACGUUUUGUCUCAGAUAGUGAGGUAACAAAACCUCCAGAGACAAUUCAGGUUUUAUGUUUACAGUUCAAAUCUCCUCAAAUUAGGAUGUCAUUAAAGUCUCUUUACAUCUUUCUCUCUUUCUAUCUCUCUCACGUUUCUACCUGCAGUCAAUCUGAUGUGCGGUUGCUCCUCCCCCUCAGGUAACAGUGACUAGUCCCACCGCACAGUAGCCAAUGAUAGACAAGGCCCGUAGGGUCAACAUGGCCCACGAACCAAUCAUGAGGAUACUUCUCAGAAUGGUUCCUGUAUUUUGUCAAGGAGUGUAAAAAGAAGUGUCAAGUGUAGCUAUAUAGGAUUCUAUAGAAGUGUCUCCUCAUUCCUUUUCUGUUCUUUGUGCAAUGUAAACCAAGAAAGGUUUGACAGGUCAAGAGUGUGAUGUUGACGCCCCCUUCUUAAUGCCUAUCAACAUGUACAUGAACUCUUAGCUUCAGCUUGUUGAUAAUAUUAGCUAAAUUAUUGAUGAGUCAUAUUGCCUGUAAAUAUGCUUUAUAUACUGUCAUUUCUCU